AUGUGUCUAGCAAAUUUUGAAGUUCCUCGCCGCCGACCAAUCAGAGUCGGCUUUUCGGUCGUUUUGAGCCGCACUAAGCCUAAAGGGGCCCCAACUUUUGUUGAGUUUCAACAUCGUGAACUACACAACAAGAACAAUAUGCGGCCUACACUUAUCACCUUCGCUGCUACUAUCGCCUUCGCAUUGAACGUAUGGGCAACAACAUCUGGAAGUCAAUGUCUUUGCCGAGAUAUGGGCCACUGCGGAAACCAAGGAGCUUAUGGAUGUAUACAAAUUGAAGUGGUCAAGCUUGUCAAAGAGAAUGCGCCGGUUUCAAGCAUCGCUACCACAAGUAUCAUUCUUAACAUCUUGAUAGCGAUGAUGAUGCUAGAAGCUGCGCUUAGUGCUGUUCUGCUCUUCUCAAUAAGCUUGCGAUACAAGAAGCCGCUGUAUAGCGCUUCUGUUCGGAAUUCGAAUUCAGCUAAGCAGUGCAUCGUCAAGAUUUCGAACAUUAUUCAAAGGGGAGGAGAAGCAGGAUUCGCAAUUUUGUCUCCGGUCGGCAUCCUGUAUGUAUUUUCGCAAGUCGCUUUCCCUUGUCCUGAAUUUCACGAUCCAUUUUUGGGCUUUCAAACCCCUGAAAGCUUGACUGCGAUUGGCAAGAAACAGCUGUGGCUUGCUUUCGAAAUUGGCCGAUCCUCUUGGCCAUGGCGCUGUGACGAGCGAGGCAGCGUCACUCUUUCCGGCAGCUUCGAAGCGCGCGAGACUGCCAUGUUUCGAUUCUUUACUCUCGUUUUGGUGUUGGUGUUCGACUCGAAGGCGCAGGCGCAGGCGCAGGGCGUCGAGAAACGCCAGGAUUCACAGCUUGAUCGUCUGGGUUUUUGCUAUGGCGAUGGAGCCAUUUGCAGCAUCGGAAACGACCUAUACAGCCACAUUUCGUUCAGAUGCAACGCGUACGACAAUGACAUCGACAAGCUAAAUCCGUGGUACAAAUGCUUGUGUACGAAUGGUUAUGUCGCAGUCAACGAAGCCCAAAUGUCGUCGCCAGAUGUUACUGUUAUCCCGGAAAUGGAAACAAGGAAGGCUGCUCGAGUGCGAGCCGUUCUCAAAGCUGGGUCUUCUUUCAAUGCGACGUAUACCGGCCCGCCGCCUCCAGGCCAUGCGACUGCCACUCCUGCACAUUCGACUGCAUCCGUCACAGGCUCGGGUAGGUCGUCGCUGAUUACCACGACCGACGCGACGGCGAGCACCGCUCGACGGCGGUUGAAACUUUCGGCGGAGGCUCUCGCCAUCGGCGACCAACUCUGGUGGAGUAGCUGCGAGGUGCAGGCCGGUCGCACUUCUGUUGCUUCUGCUGCAGUGUUUGUGCGCAUGCUUGUGGUGUCCAUUCGUUAUCAACCCUUACAGCUCUUUGCCCAUCCGUCUCUUUCUGUGUACUUCAUCAGAGCGACCAUGCGUUGGUGUAGAAACUCGGCGCGGAGGGUGAAAUUGAGAACGCGAGUUCAUCCUACAGAAUAUGGACAGCGCCAAGACCAUGAGCUCCCGCGUGCUUACAGUAGGGUAAAUCUUGGCGACAGUGAGUCCUCUGAUGAAUAUGAGAAUGCAGAGCAUGGAUCUGGAAAAUUUGCACUGAGUGUCGUUUCCAUACAAUCACCUCGCUAUCACAUCACGUGCCCGUUCUUCGCGCCCCAGGCGAAGGAAAGCAACAUUCACUCACCCAAAGCCCAGGUCAUUGCUCGUCACACACCCGGCCACCGUGAUAAUGGCAUAAGCCGUACGUCCAGCUAUCAUGGGAGUUUCAUACUGCUCUCCUCUUCUCUGGCGCCAACGACGAGAUUUGAUGCUUCUAUAUCCAGGCGCAUUUACAGCUUGGCUUCUCCAGGAGAAGUCCUGUGUAAAGUCAGUAUCACGGGGUAA